AUGAGGGAAGAAGAGAUCGAGAAGCUUCGAGGAGUUGUUAGAGACUGUGUCAGUAAGCACCUCUACUCCUCCGCGAUCUUCUUCGCCGAUAAAGUCGCCGCCUUCACCAAUGACCCCGCCGACAUUUACAUGCAAGCACAGGCUCUCUUCCUCGGCCGCCACUACCGCCGCGCCUUCCAUCUCCUCAACGCCUCCAAAAUCGUCCUCCGUGACCUCCGCUUCCGCUACCUCGCCGCCAAGUGCCUCGAGGAAUUGAAAGAGUGGAAUCAAUGUCUAUCGAUGCUGGGUGAAGCCAAAGUGGAUGAUAAUGGAAAUGUUUAUGAUACUAAGGACUCUAAUGUUAUGUACUUGGAUAAAGAUAGUCAAGAUCGUGAAAUCAAUAUAUCUUCUGCAAUAUGUUUCUUGAGAGGCAAAGCAUAUGAAGCUCUAGAAAACCGUUCUCAGGCUCGAUUGUGGUACAAAGCGGCUAUAAAAGCGGAUCCCUUAUGCUAUGAGGCUUUGGAAUGCCUUAUUGAAAAUCACAUGCUUACAUGUGAUGAAGAAACUAAUUUGAUCUCAUCAUUGCAAUUUGGAAGUGAGGAUGGAUGGCUUUCAUCAUUUUAUUCUUGUUUGGUUAAGAAGUAUGACAAAGAAAUUGUUGUAGAAGCCAAGUUUAGACAUCUUGAGAACGAGAGCUGUAAAACUGACCAGUCUAAUCCUUCUUUCUGUCGCACACUGAAAACCAACACUGAUCUAUUGGCCUGCAAAGCCGAAUACUAUCAUCAGUGUGGUGAAUAUCAGAAAUGUUUUGAAUUAACAUUUGUUUUACUUGAGAAGGAUCCUUUUCAUAUCAAGAGCACAUUAGUACAUCUGGCAGCUGCUAUGGAGCUUGGGAAUUCAAAUGAACUCUAUCUGAUGGCAUGCAAUUUAGUGAAGGAUUAUCCUCAAAAGGCUUUAUCAUGGUUUGCUGUUGGUUGCUAUUACUAUUGUAUCAAGAAAUAUGACCAGUCCCGCCGUUAUUUCAGCAAGGCGACAAGUCUAGAUGGAACAUUUCCCCCUGCAUGGAUAGGCUAUGGGAAUGCCUUUGCAGCUCAAGAAGAAGGUGAUCAGGCUAUGUCAGCUUACCGCACUGCAGCUCGAUUAUUUCCGGGGUGCCAUUUACCAGCUCUUUAUAUUGGAAUGGAAUGCAUGCGGACUCACAGCUAUAAGCUUGCUGAACAGUUUUUCAUGCAGGCAAAGUCAAUUUGCUCAUCGGAUCCACUUGUGUAUAAUGAGCUAGGAGUUGUUGCCUACCAUAUGAAAGAGUAUAAGAAAGCAGUAUGGUGGUUCGAGAAAACGUUAGCCCUCAUCCCGACCGCUUUAAGUGAAAUGUGGGAGCCAACUGUAGUCAAUAUUGCUCAUGCAUGCAGAAAGUUGGAGAUGUACCAAGAAGCAAUUUCAUAUUAUGAGAAAGCACUUGCAUUAUCAACAAGUGUGAGCACUUAUGCUGGUCUUGCAUAUACUUACCAUUUACAGGAUGAUUUCACUACGGCAAUUACAUAUUAUCACAAAGCGUUGUGGCUGAAGCCAGAUGAUCAGUUCUGCACUGAAAUGUUAAGCUGGGCUUUAAUAGAUGAAAGCAGAAACUGUGCUGAAUCUCACCUUGAAUUCCGAUGA